AGGUAACACCCUGCAUAUUACCUAAUUAAAGGACUGAAAUCUCUUCCCCUUGCAGUGAACUCUGAUCCAUCGAAAUAACUAUCUGAUGAUCCCUCCCCUUCAUCUAAAACAGCUUGGUGUGAAUUACUGGAACUGAAAAACCAGUGUCAACAAGAGCAGAACGGUUGUCGUUCAUCAGAGCGCUGACUGUGUUUCUAUCCAGAGAAAGAGGAACUAUUUGAACCAUUGAGUAGAAAUGGCUCAGCGAGGAAACCAACUGGACCAAGACAGAUUCUGCUGUUCCCUCUGCCUGGAUCUACUGAAGGUUCCGGUGACUACUUCUUGUGGACACAGCUACUGCAUGAAGUGUAUUAAAAGCCACUGGGAUACAGAGGAUGAGAAGAGAGUCUACAGCUGCCCUCAGUGCAGACAUGUUUUUACACCGAGGCCUGUCCUGUUGAAGAACACCAUGUUGGCAGAUUUAGUGGAGGAGCUGACUGAGAAGACUGGGCGCCAAGCUGCUCCUGCUGAUCACUGCUAUGCUGGAUCUGAAGACGUGGCCUGUGAUGUCUGCACCGGGAGGAAACUGAAAGCCCAAAAGUCCUGUCUGCAGUGUCUGGCCUCUUACUGUGCGAAACACCUCCGGCCUCAUUUUGAAGUACCUCCAUUAAAGAAACACGAGCUGGUGGAGCCCUCCAAGAAGCUCCAGGAGAACGUCUGCUCUCGUCAUGAUGAGGUGAUGAAGAUAUUUUGUCGCACUGAUCAGGAGUCUAUCUGUUAUCUGUGUUUAAUGGACCAACACAAAGGUCACGACACAGUCCCAGCUGCAGCAGAAAGGAGCGAGAGGCAGAGAGAGGUGGAGGUGAGUCGACAGAACGUCCAGGAGACAAUCAAGUUCAGAAAGAAAGAUUUGAAGUUGCUUCAACGGGAGGUGGCGGUUAUAAAUGGCUCGGCUGAUAAAGCAGUGGAGCACAGUGAGAAGAUCUUCACUGAGCUGAUCCGUCUCAUGGAGAAAAGACGCUCUGAUGUGAAGCAGCAUGUCAGAUCCCAGCAGCAAACUGAAGUGAGUCGAGUCAGAGAGCUUCAGGAGAAGCUGGAGCAGGAGAUCACUGAGCUGAAGAGGAGAGACGCUGAACUGGAGAAGCUGUCACAAACACAGGACCACAACCAGUUUCUCCACGACUACCCCUCACUGUCACCACUCGUUGAAUCUACACACUCGUCCGGCAUCAAGAUCUGUCCUACGAGGUACUUUGAGGACGUGACAGCGGCUGUGUCAGAUGUCAGAGAUAUAUUACAGGACGUCCUGAGAGAGAAAUGGAUAAACAUCUCACAGAUAGUGACUGAUGUGUAUGUUUUACUAUCAGAGACCAUGACCAGAGCUGAGUUCUUAAAAUAUUCAUGUGACAUCACACUGGAUCCAAACACAGCACACACAGAUCUGUCAUUAUCUGAGGGGAACAGAAAAGUAAAUUUUGUAUGGGAACAACAGUCUCAUUCUAGUAAUCCAGACAGAUUCAGUCAUUACUCUCAGGUCCUGAGUAAAGAGAGUCUGACCGGACGUUCUUACUGGGAGGUGGAGUGGAGAGGAGGAGAAGUUUGUGUCGCAGUCGCAUACAAGAACAUCAGCAGAGCAGGGAGCUCAGAUGAAUGUGGGUUUGGCUACAAUGACAAAUCUUGGGCGUUAGAUUGUGACAACGGCAGUUAUAACUUUUGGCACAACAAAGUCAGCACUCCAGUCUCAGGUCCUGGGUCCUCCAGAAUAGGAGUGUACCUGGAUCACAGAGCAGGUAUUCUGUCCUUCUACAGUAUCUCUGACACCAUGACUGUCCUCCACAGAGUCCAGACCACAUUCACUCAGCCUCUACAUGCUGGACUCAAGAUGUAUUAUGUUGGAUCCACUGCUGAGUUGUGUAAACUGAAAAAGACAGAAGUCAUUGUCCCUCACUGCACACAGAUCACAUGUCAAUCAAAACAUUAGGUGGCGGUACUUCGGCAUCUAAAUAUCUGUUGUCGUGUUUUGAUCUUUGAUUUUUUUUUUUUUUAAGGUGGCGCUCCUUCCUGUGUCUCUUCAGCCAUGGAGACUAUCUCUGCUCAUGAUGACUUUUGUUCACCAUCUUUCAAAAUUAGGUGACGAUCAAA